AUUUGACUUUCAUUUUAAUGUCAUAUCUUCUUUCUCUAGAUUAGCAGGCACCUGUGACCUGUUUUAUUCCCUUUAUUCCAACAACUUCCACAUCCUAGAAUUAUUUGUGGGAUUUGCACCAGAAUGGUGGAUUAUUUCCCAGCUCUUUUUUAUUAAUUCAGGAUGAUGUUACCGUCACGCUCUUUGGGUUUUAUGAUUCUGGUGGUGGCUUUGAAGACGCUGGGUGGUAACUCAGAGAAAGAAGGCAUCUACAAGAAAGUGGGUGACAAAGUCGUCCUCACACCAGGCUCUGCGCCUGCUUCCAUCACCAGGAUCAAGUGGACACAUGAUCAGGACAUUGCUCUGGAGUGGACCAGACGGGAACCUUACACCUCCUGGCACUUCCGAGAUGGCUGUGAGGUGGAUACCUCCACUGGGGUCCUGAGGAUCUCAAACCUGGCUCUAAACGACAGCGGCAGCUACACGGCGGAGAUUAAUGAUGAAGUCAUGAGCACAACAGAAAUCAUUGUUAUCACCACUGUCCCUAAUCCCACUGUGUCCACAUGGUGCAACCCUGAGAUGACCUACUGUAUUCUCACUUGUGAACCCAACGUCACAGACGACGCCAAACCGAUCACCUAUUACUGGGUGACUGGUGAUAUGGUGAAACAGUCUCCAACCAAUCAGUUCAACAUCACACAGGAAAACAGAGAGCGUUUGAUAAGCUGUCAGCUGGAAAACCCAGUCAGCCAUGAAUACAGUGAAAAAAUCCUGAAUCCACUCUUAAUCAGGAAUCGGGCUUUACUGAGCUUACCAUUUGUAGGGAUUGUGGUGUUCCUGUUUGGGCUUAUUUGUUGCAAAUGCUGUUGUUGUACCCGCAGGACCCGAAGUCACCGCCGCUCCACCACCACCAACACUGUGAGAUAGAGCAGUGCUGGAUCAAACUGUGAUGAUGAGGAUGAAGAAGAGUUGGUGUUGCAUAAACCACCGGAGAAAAGCCUUAACUGAUCCUGGAAACACAGGAAGAGAAUAAUACGGAGGGGUCAGAGGACCAAAAACAAGAACACCCUCAAAAUAUAUGUAUAUAAUUUAUAUGAAAUAAAUAAUAAAUAUAAGAAUAUAUAGUCAGAAAUAUGUACAGAUUAAAGUCACAAAUUUGUACAUUGGGAAAAAUCACAGUUUUAAUAUGACUUUAUACAUUUAUUGAGCUUCGUUAACAUAGUAACGUCUUGCUUCUUGGUUUCUAAUGUUGUGUUGCUAUUAAUCCGUCUGGGUGCAGUCAGGACUCAACAGCUUACAGGGGCGAAUGCAAACUUGAGAGGUUUAUUCUUCAUGAGUGAGCUGUGUUUGGAGGUGUAAAAAGGGAGAAACCAUAAAAUCCAUAAAAAAAACAGCAUUUCAAUACUUUAUACCUUUAUAAACACUAUAAACAUUACAAGUCAUGUGAUGUUUAUAGUUGAGCUUUUGUUGGGCUAACAGCACAUACUUGGAUAAAAACAUGUUUGCAUUUCAGUCGGACGUUGUAAAUCCAGCAGCAGAAAAUAUCAACUCUAAGAAAACAUUUUUUUUUUUUUUAUUACACCCAAAAGGUAGAACACCUUCACAUGUAGAGGUUUUGUAAUGAACAACUUUAAUAGCCUACAUUUUUAUAAUUCAAAUGAUUUCUCUAACC